UUUUUUUUGUAAUAUAUCAAGAUAAUGUCAGCAGAAUUAGAUCCAUUUGAAUGUCGAUUAGAAUUUAUCGAGUUAUUGCGUAGAGUCAACGCUUCACAACAAUCUAUACACAAAGCAGCUAUUUACGCUAUGCGACAUCGAAAAUUAUCUGAGGAUUUAUACAGUUGUCUAGUGGAAGAACUUGAACAGGCGACGUUAAAUGCUCGUUUAAAUAUCAUUUACGUGCUAGACGCCAUUUUUUCAGCGAGUCAAAAGUCAAAAUUCUCUGGUUAUAUCGAUCUGACACGUCCUGAUCUGCCUCGAAUCAUACACGCCGUGGUUGCCACUGAACCUCAAGGGGUAGUGAACAUACCCAACACGCAAAAGAUCAUCAGUAAUUGGAAACGGAAAGAGUAUUUUGAAGCGGACAUUUUGGAAGAAGCCGAGAAACCUCUCCUGGAAAGCGCUUCAAGUAUCGAUGCAGCACAAACGACUACAAAAGCUACAGACAUUAUGGCUAAAGAUGAUAUCUUGAGAAGGAUGGAAGAAGACAGAGAGCGACACAAGAGAUCAAGAGAAGAAAUCUGGAUACGACCACCCGAUGAAACAAAGGAUGCAGAAUUUGAAGAGUUUUGGAACUCUAUAGACGUACUCGAUCCUGAAUACGAUUAUGAAAUUAUGAUGGUUCAGAAUAUGCUCCGACUACCGAACUAUGCUUGGCAUGCCAUGUUAAAUCAAAGAACAAGCACCAACUAAAUAAAAACU